UCCAACAAGCAUCGAACGAGGUCUGUUAACUAUACCGCCCAGCUUCACGGUUUCUUCGAGGAAGAAGCCUUCCUCCCUGCCUCGCUUUGGGUAUUCCCCGCUCGCAUUCUUCCACUCUUCGCUCGCUGUCUUUAGAGUCGGACAUAUCAUUAGUGAACAGUUUUACGGCUUGAAGAAGAGAAAACGUUGGAACAAGCUGAAUAGAAGGAGCGGGGGAAAGGAUCCGAGAGAGAGAGAGAAAGAGGUCACCGUGCCCUGUCUGAAUUUCGCUCUCACCACGCCAUGAAGAUGCAGAGAAUAUCCGAGGUGGUGCUGCUGAUGGCCGGGGUUGCUUUGGGGCUGUGUGUCUGUCACACAGUGAAAGUGAACAAACAUAAGCCAUGGAUUGAGACGUCGUACCAUGGGGUGAUCACAGAGAACAUGGACAUUGUCCUACUGGACCCUCCCCUGGUGGCCCUGGAUAAAGACGCGCCCGUCCCCUACGCAGGGGAGAUCUGUGCGUUUAACAUCCAUGGUCUGGAGGCUCCGUUCGAGGCAGUGGUGCUGAACGGGACGUCUGGUGAGGGCCAGCUGAGGGCCAGGGGCCUGGUGGACUGUGAGCUGCAGAAGGAGUACACCUUUAUCAUCCAGGCACAUGACUGUGGAGCAGGACCCGGGGGCACCGGGGGGAAGAAGUCACACAAGGCGGUGGUACACAUCCAGGUGAAUGAUGUGAAUGAGUUCUCUCCAGUGUUCCGGGAGGCCCAGUACCACGCGGCAGUGACAGAGGGGAAAAUCUAUGACAGCAUCCUGCAGGUGGAGGCUACAGACCAGGACUGUUCUCAACAGUACAGCCAGAUCUGUAACUACCAGAUCACCACCACCAACACACCCUUCGCCAUCGACCGCAAUGGUAACAUCAGGAACACAGAGAAGCUGAGCUUUGAUAAGCAGCAACAGUAUGAGGUCCUGGUCACAGCCUUCGACUGCGGACAGAAGAGAUCCACAGAGAGCGUGGUGGUACACAUCGACGUCAAACCUGUCUGCAAACCUGGCUGGCAAGGCUGGAACAAAAGAGUGGACUAUGAGCCAGGCACAGGCAGCAAGCAGUUGUUUCCCAAGAUGCAUCUGGAGACGUGUGGAGGGCCUUUCUCCUCAGUGAGGCCCACGGUGGAGCUACAGACCAGCCAUAUUGGGAAGGGCUGUGACCGGGAGACCUACUCUGAGAAGUCCCUGCAGAAACUCUGUGGGGCCUCGUCGGGCAGCACAGACCUUCUCCCCGCCCCCAGCGCCUCCACCAAUUGGACGGCGUCCCUGGUGACGGACAGUGGGCGGGACAGCGACCUCAUCUUCCGGUUUGACGGGCGGCAAGCGGCAAAGAUUCCGGACCAGGUGGUACCACAGAACCUGACUGAUCAGUUCACCAUUGCCACGUGGAUGAAGCAUGGACCCAGUCCUGGACUGAGGGCGGAGAAAGAGACGCUGCUCUGCAACUCUGAUAAGACAGAGAUGAACAGACACCACUACUCCCUUUACGUCCAUAACUGUCGUCUGGUCUUCCUGCUCCGGAGAGACUUCACCCAGGUGGACACCUUCAGACCUGCAGAGUUCCACUGGAAACUGGAGCAGAUCUGUGAUAAGGAGUGGCACUAUUACGUCAUUAACGUGGAGUUUCCUGUGGUGACACUCUACGUGGACGGAGUUACCUACGACCCUUACCUGGUGACAGACGAUUGGCCGAUCCACCCCUCUCAGAUUGACGUGCAGCUCACUGUGGGUGCCUGCUGGCAAGGUGGUGAGGUGACGAUGCCGCGGUUCACUCAGUACUUCCGGGGCAGUCUGUCAGGGCUGACCAUCAGGCCAGGGAAGAUAGAGAGCCAGAAGGUAAUCUCCUGUCUACAGGCCUGUAAGGAAGGACUGGACAUCAACUCACUGGAGAGCCUGGGCAAGGGCAUCAAGUUCCACUUCAACCCAGCCCAGUCGAUCCUGGUGAUGGAGGGAGAGGAUCAGGAGAACAUGAACGCUGCUCUGAGGAAGGUCUCCUACAUCAACUCCCGCCAGUUUCCCACACCGGGCAUCAGACACCUGCACAUCUCAACCUCAGUACAGUGUUUUGGGGAGGACACGUGUAUCUCCAUCCCGGACAUCGAUGCAGUGGUGAUGGUGCUGCAGCCCAGUGAACCCAGGAUCACCAUCGCUGGGGUGGACAGACUGACCAGGCCAGCAGCUGACCUCAGAGGACCAGCAGGACUCACUCUGUUCCAGGACCUUCACAUCAUCAGUACUGUCACCAAGGGAGACACAGCCUCACACCAUACAGCGGGCAGGCUGGGGGUCCAGGAGGAGAUCAUCCAUAACCUGGACUACUGUGACAUCCUGGUGCUGGGGGAGGAGCUGAGGCCAGAGCAGGAGAGUCUCCAGCUGCAACGUAGCACCCUGCUGGGGAAACACCUGGACGCCACCAACUCCACCUCCGGCAUGUCUAUAUACGGUGUGGACUCCAUGUCUAACUAUGAGCAGGUGAUCAGACAGGUGCAUUACCAUAACUGGCACCCUGCCCAGACCCCAGACAGGAAGUUCCGUCUCACCUGCUCCGAGCUCAACGGACGCUACACCAGCAACGAGUUCACCCUGGAGAUCAGUGUACUCCACAAAUCAGAGGCUGGGGAGCAUGUAAAUCACAUGGUAGCCCCGCCCCAGUACAUGCAAGUGGUUCAUCAUCCAGCCAUGGUCCACAGCCUAUACCCCACACGCAGUUCAGGAGUCCCCAGUGCUGCCACAGUGGUGAUAGUGAUCUGUAUCGCCGCCCUGGUGGUGGUGGUUGUGCUAGGCAUCUACCAUAUUCACCUGACACACCAACAGGAGGGCAGGAGCUCAGACACAACCAAGGAGGGAGAGCUGGACUGGGACGACUCAGCGCUCAAUAUCACAGUCAACCCUAUGGAGAGCUUCCAGGAGCCCCAGGGAGCUGAGGAAGAGGCCAGCGAGGAGGAUGAGGAGGAAGAUGAAGAGGAUGACAGCACCAGCACAGAGUCAGACGACAGCGAGGAGGAGGAGGAGGAGGUCCCAGGAGCUCCCAGGGUACAACAGGGCAGCAAGAGGGGCUAACUGGACUGGGACAACUCUACAUUAACCUACUGAAAAAAAUCAUACAUACACACUGAACAUACACACUGACGCAUACACACACACACACACACACACACACACUGAUAUACAUAAACACAAGCUGAGGCAUCAACAUAAACACCACCAUAAAAUACAUUGAUCAAGUCAUGAGAGACUACCUGAGAUUUCUCUGAGUUGAGGUAACAUAUCUCCCUACUGGUGAAAAGGGAAAUGGUGUUGAGAAUAGAAUGAGCACUAAAGUGAUAACACACACAAGUCGCACACACACACACACACAUACACACAACACCAGCCAGUACUCCAUUUAAAAAGACUCCUUUCCUUUAUGUCAAACGAUCUGGUGUUAACUAAAGGCUACCCUGUGGUACUCCAAUGCUGUAAUACUAUCCUGUGGUCCUGAGUACCCCAGACCUCAAGCCCUAGUCCACAAGCUGAAAGCUUACCUACUGUUUUUUACUGAGACUGUGAAAAAAAGACAACAAAAUGUGAAAAUACUGUAUUCAAUUGAAAUUGCUUGUCAAACAUCUGUUUUCCACCAACUUUUUCAGGGUCUAAAAUCUUGUCUGAGAAACUGUGGUCCUAUAGGUCGCCGUGAUCCUUUGUAAUGGUUUCCUUCCCAUAAGCCCAUAGUGGUACAGUGCACUGUAUUAGAGUUACAGUGUGGUACAGUGGGAUAGAUCAUGGAAAACUCAACCCAAAAACUAUCUUUUGGUAUUUGUUUCAUUAGUCCAUUGUU